CUUUCUAUUGGGCACAUAAGGACAUGCGGUCACAACACUUCCAAAAAAAAGUGUUUUAAAGUUGCUGCCCAGCGGGACAUUACACGUAUAUGUCGUGGCUUACUGUGGUGGAUCCUAAAAAGCGCCGAGGACAAGAGCGUGGAACCAGUUUAAGUCGACAUCAGCCGAAUUGGAACUUGAUGAGUCGCCAAAAAUGGGUUCCACAGUAAAAGGAGAUGCAACAGGUGGGUGGGACUUCCUGCAAUAAAGAGGCUCGAUGACUUUUAUUUUGGUGGCUAAAUGCACAGCUCUUCCACGGUCGACAGCAUGUGUUGAUGGAUCCACAUCGAGGAGGUUUUAUCAAGUGAACCGGUUGCCAUAGAGACGCAUUGGCAGGAUAUUUCCGGAAUAAAGCGUAAUGGGUCUCCUGACGCAGUUUUCUCUGCUCCUGUGGAAGAACUUCACUCUGCGGAAGAGACAAAAGGUGCGGUUAGUCGUGGAAAUUGUUUGGCCUCUCUUCUUGUUCUUCAUCCUGGUGUGGGUUCGCUUCACAAACGAGCCCACCCACAAAGGCCAAUGCCACUACCCCAAUAAAGCCAUGCCAUCAGCGGGCGUUCUGCCUUGGAUCCAAGGCACGGUGUGCAACUUCGACAACCCCUGCCGGAGUCACCCAACACCGGGGGAGACGCCGGGACAAGUCAACAACUUUGAAAACUCCAUAAUUUCCGGGAUGCUAAUUGAGCUGCAAGACCUCCUGGUCAACAGAUCCAUUCUCAGCAAUGUCCGACGACUCGCUGACGACGCCAAUCAAUGGGCUUUGGUCCUGUCAUCCAGGAACGGUCAACCGAUGAGGAGCAUUCUACGGGACAACGAAACCUCCUCAGCACAUUUGAACUCAAAAGAGCUUGGAGACGCCCAGCAGAACUUCCUGCAGGACCUGGACCUCAGGAAAGUAUUUGAACAGCUACCUUUUGAAGCUGCGGAAAUAUCGGCGCUGCUUGCAAAAACCACAUCAGAUGCACUCCCAGUGCUGGAGGAGGUGAGACGUUUGCAGAACUCCGGAAUUCUGCAAGUGUCUACUCGGUGGGAUUUCCAAGGGGACAUGAUUGGCAGCAUCAAUAUGCUUUUGUGUGGAAGGCAGCUUGACUCCAAUUCCACCAACGUGACCCUCGCUGCCCCAGAGACAAGACGAGUGCUUAGCAACCAGUCCGUCUCCAGUGAGCACAACACUUCCACUUCUUUUUGUCAAAGCCUGGUGGAAACUCUGGAGGGAACCCCUGGCCUGCGCUACCUUUGGAACACCUUCAAGCUGUUUUUCCAAGGCAAAGUCCUUUUCACACCAGACACCCCUGCUGCUCGCCUCAUCAUGAAAGAGGCUAACAGCACUUUCGAAGCCUUGGCUAUGCUAAAAGAAAUUGCCGACUCAUGGGACGAGCUUGGGCCGUCUGUUUGGGAUUACUUCCAGAACAGUACGCAAGUCAACACAAUUCGGACGCUGCUGGCCAAUCCUGUGUUUGCGGCAGUGCUCGACCAGCGUCUCAACGGCACAGGCUGGACGUCGGCGCUUAUCGCCAACUUUCUCUACAAUGGCCCACCAGAGGAUCGACCAGCCAACAUGCCGCCCUACGACUGGCGGGACUUUUACAACACCACCACUCAGACGUUACAGCUUCUCUCCGACUUCUUGAGCUGCAUGGACCUGAACAAGUUUGAGGCGGCAGCGAGCGAAACCCACCUGGUGAGCGAAUCCUUGGAGCUCCUCAAGAAUGACACUUUCUGGGCCGGCGUGGUCUUUGAGAGCUUAGAGCCCAAUACCAGCCGGCCACCUCCUCAUGUCCGAUACACAAUCCGCAUGGAUAUUGACAAGCUGGAGCGCACCAACAAACUGAAAGAACGGUCAUGGUCUCCGGGGGCCCGAGACAACGCUUUUAAUGACCUGCGCUACAUCUGGGGGGGCUUCGCCUACCUGCAGGACAUGAUAGACCACGGCAUCAUACGAGUACUCACCUCCAAGACACAAACACUUGGUGUUUUUGUGCAGCAAAUGCCGUACCCUUGCUAUGUAGAUGACACCUUUAUCCGAGGUAUUGGAGGAGUCCUUCCGAUGUUCCUGGUCCUGGCCUUCAUGUACACCACAUGCAUGACCAUCAAAGGCCUGGUGCUGGAGAAGGAGCUGCGGCUCAAAGAGGUCCUGCGCGUCGUCGGCGUCAGAAACAGCGCCCUCUGGCUCGCCAGGUUCACAGAGAACAUUGUGCUGCUUGCUGUGCCGUGCGCUCUCAUUAGUGUCAUGGUUAAGUAUGGUAAAGUGCUCCAGUAUAGCGACCCCACGGUCAUCUUCGUCUUCCUGCUGGUCUUCUGCCUGGCCACCAUCACCCAGUGCUUCUUUAUUAGCGUCUUCUUCUCCAAGGCCAACCUGGCGGCGGCUUGUGGCGGUCUUAUCUACUUUGUCCUCUACCUGCCACAUGUCCUUUGCUACGCCUGGAGGGACGUCCUCAGUUUCGGGGUUAAGGUUGCUGCGAGUUUAUUGUCCUGCGUGGCUUUUGGCUUCGGCUGUGAGAACUUCUCCAAGUAUGAGGAGCAAGGCAUUGGCAUCCAGUGGUACAACGUGGGACAGAGCCCUGAGGACGGCGAGCGCUACACCUUCAUCGUGUCCAUUCUCAUGAUGCUGUUGGACGCCGCCCUCUACUGGACGCUCACGUGGUACAUCGAGAACGUCUUCCCAGGCCAAUAUGGAAUCCCGAAGGUGUGGUACUUCCCUUUUACUGCGUCAUACUGGUGUGGGAGAACGACCUUGCCUUCCAUCAAAGAUGACCUGCGGAAAGACGCGAACUUGAAUAAUGAAUAUCUAGAAAAAGCCGACCCCACAUUGAAAGCCGGGGUGUCAGUGCGCAACCUGGUGAAAAUCUACAAGACUGGAAAGAAGUUGGCUGUGGACGGGCUAAGCGUGGACUUCUACGAGAACCACAUCACUUCAUUUCUGGGCCACAACGGUGCCGGAAAAACCACAACGAUGUCCAUUCUCACAGGACUCUUCCCACCUACAUCUGGUACGGCCCUCAUCAACGGCUACGACAUCCACACUGACGUAGACAGCAUCCGCAAAUACUUGGGAAUGUGUCCUCAACACAACGUCUUAUAUAAUGAACUAACAGUGGAAGAGCAUAUAUACUUCUACGCCCGACUGAAGGGACGGAGCGCCGCUGAGGUGAAAGUGGAGAUGGACCAGAUGAUCACGGACGUCGGCUUGCAGCACAAGCGCAAGGAUCUCUCCAAGAACCUGUCAGGUGGCAUGCAGAGGAAGCUUUCCGUGGCUAUAGCGUUCGUUGGCGGCUCAAAAAUAGUAAUUUUAGAUGAACCCACAGCAGGGGUGGACCCCUAUGCCCGCAGGGGGAUCUGGGAGCUGCUGCUGAAGUACAAACCAGGUCGCACCAUCAUCCUGUCCACACACCACAUGGACGAGGCGGACAUCUUGGGUGACCGUAUCGCCAUCAUCUCCCACGGCAAGAUGCGCUGCUGCGGCUCGUCUCUCUUCCUGAAGAAAUGCUUUGGCAGUGGGUACUACCUCACACUAGUCCGCGGCGCUCCGGGCAAGAUAAGUGCCCAGCGAGGCGGCACCCUUCAUGGUCAGGCCAAAGAGGAGCAGGAACACGCUUCCAAGCAAUGCAGCAUGGAAGGCAACAUCAGAAGUCAAACAAUGAACAGCUCUGAGCCUUCAGAUUUGACAGCGCUUGGUCAGCUGGUGCGCCGCCACGUCUCCAAUGGAAUGUUCUUGGAAUGCAUUGGCCAGGAGAUUACCUACAUCCUGCCCUACAUUGGGGCCCACGACGGCUCAUUCGCCCGACUCUUUCAUGAGCUCGACCUGGCCAUGGCUGACCUGGGUUUGACCAGCUACGGCAUCUCCGACACCACACUGGAGGAGAUAUUUUUAAAAGUGGCUGAAGAUACAGGAGUAGAUGCAGACAUUCCAUGCGCAACAAAGCGGGAGAGAAGUGCCAGCAAAUCCAAGCGGAACAGCGUCAUCCUUGCCGCCGCCGUCCAUCCGGAAAUGGAACAACAGCCCAAGAAGAGCGAUUUACAGAGGAGCUGUGGCGUAGGCCGGGGCUCGGCAGUGAUCACUGGACGGAAGCUGAUCAGGCAUCAGUUCUUGGCACUCUUCAUCAAGCGCUUCCACCACGCCCGCAGGAGCCGCAAGGGACUCAUUGCCCAGGUGGUGUUGCCCGCCAUUUUUGUGUGCCUCUCCCUCAUCUUCUCGCUCAUCGUCCCACCGUUUUACGAAUAUCCCAGCCUGGAACUACAGCCCUGGAUGUACGGAUUGCCCCAAAGCAACUUUUUCAGUAAUGACACUGCAGGAAACGCUGAGCCGUCUCAGGUGCUGGAAUCACUGGUGAACCAACCUGGCUUUGGUACCCGAUGCAUGGAAGGAGACCCCAUUCCAAAGCUACCUUGUUCGUCCCUUGGCUCUGAUUGGCUAGUUCCAUCUGUGGAUCAAUCAGUGGCCGACAUCUUCCUCCAUGGCAACUGGAGCAUGUCCAACCCAUCCCCCUCCUGUCAAUGCAGCUCUUCUCAACGGACCACCAUGCUGCCUGACUGCCUCCCAGGUGCUGGGGGACUGCCGCCUCCUCAGAGGAUCCAGAACACAACUGACACACUCCUCGAUAUGACGGGACGAAACAUGACGGACUUCUUGGUCAAGACUUAUAAGCACUCGGGCAAAACAAGGUAUGGCGGGAUCUCUGUUGGAGCAGUCAACUCUCAAGUGCGUCUGAGUGAGGCAGCCAUUGAAGCCAUGAUGGAGGAUCUGAAAAGUCUCUUUGGUUCAAUCCUGGGAAACAUGACUGAUGAGAUGUUCAAUACCAGUGAGACUCUGCUGAAGCGGCUUGGAACAAAACACAACGUCAAGGUGUGGUUCUACAACAAGGCCUGGCACAGCGUGGUGUCUUUCCUGAACGUGGCCAACAAUGCCAUCCUAAGAGGGAACCUGCCGGUGGGACAUGACCCCCGCCUCUAUGGCAUUACCGUGUCCAACCACCCCCUCAACCUCACCAAAGAACAGCUGUCCUUCGUGGCCCUGGCUACGACAUCCACUGACGUUGUGGUAUCCAUCUGUGUCAUCUUCGCCAUGUCCUUCAUCCCCGCGAGCUUCGUCCUCUUCCUCAUCCAGGAGCGUGUUAGCAAAGCCAAACAUCUUCAAUUUGUCAGCGGAGUCAAUCCGACUGUUUACUGGCUGGCCAAUUUCGCCUGGGACAUGUGCAACUACGCCGUCCCGUGCGUCAUCGUCAUUGUGAUAUUCCUGUGCUUCCAACAAGAAUCAUAUGUCUCGCUGGCCAACCUGCCUGCCCUGGUUCUGCUCCUGGUUCUCUAUGGGUGGUCCAUCAUCCCCUUGAUGUACCCGGCGUCCUUCAUCUUCAGCGUUCCCAGCACUGCCUACGUGGUGCUAACAUGCAUCAACCUCUUUGUCGGCAUCAAUGGCAGUAUUGCCACAUUCGUAAUGGAGCUCUUCGAUGACGAGAAUGUGUCGUACAUCAAUGACAUCGUCAAACAGGCGCUCCUCGUCUUCCCUCAUUUCUGUCUGGGAAGAGGAUUGAUUGACAUGGCCAAAAAUCAAGCCAUGGGUACCCUCUUCAGCAGCUUUGGAGAGAACCGCUUCAAGGAUCCUCUUAGCUGGGACAUGGUUGGCAAGAACCUCUUCGCUAUGUCCAUACAAGGAGCGGCCAUGUUUCUUAUCACCAUUCUCAUCCAAUACAAUUUCUUUUGCAAACCAAGGCGUACUUCCGCAAAGUUGCUUUGCACCGAGGAAGAGGACGUUGACGUUGCUCGAGAACGGGAUCGGGUGUACGCAGGAAAAGCCCAGAAUGACCUUUUGAGGACAUACGAUCUAACUAAGGUGUAUCCAGGGAAACGAAUCCCAGCUGUGGACCGUCUGUGUGUGGGCAUACCUGCGGCAGAGUGUUUUGGCUUGCUCGGAAUCAACGGUGCCGGAAAGACCACCACUUUUAAAAUGCUAACAGGUGACAUCUCUGUCUCCAGUGGAGAGGCCUUUCUCAACGGGUACAGCAUACGCACAGAAAUGAGCGACGUGCACCAGAACCUGGGCUACUGCCCCCAGUUCGACGCCAUUGACGAUCUGCUGACAGGCCAAGAGCAUCUAGAAUUUUAUGCAAGGUUGCGAGGGGUUCCGGAAAAAGACGUCUCCAUGGUGGCUGAGUGGGGCAUCAAGAAAUUAGGCCUGGUCAAAUAUGCCACAAAAUCAGCGGGGACGUACAGCGGAGGGAACAAGCGCAAACUGUCUACUGCCAUUGCUCUGAUUGGUUGCCCACCAGUUGUCUUCCUGGAUGAGCCGACCACUGGGAUGGACCCCAAAGCUCGGCGAUUUCUGUGGGACUGCAUUCUGAGUGUCAUCAAGGAGGGUCGCUCUGUCAUUCUCACCUCACAUAGUAUGGAGGAGUGUGAAGCACUGUGCACGCGCAUGGCCAUCAUGGUCAACGGACGCUUUAAAUGUCUCGGGAGCAUCCAGCAUCUUAAGAGCAGGUUUGGUGAAGGCUACACUGUGAUAGUACGGGUCUCCGGCUCCCCUCCACUGUUGAAACCCGUGGAGGACUUUGUGAGAAAGACCUUCCCUGAAAGCGUCCUGAAGGAGAAGCAUCACAAUACGCUGCAGUACCAGCUUGCUUACAGCCAGGGGGCGCUGGCCCACAUCUUCAAGCACCUCAGCAGCCAACGGGAGAGUCUAUGCAUAGAGGACUACUCCGUGUCCCAAACCACUCUGGACCAGGUUUUUGUUAACUUUGCCAGCCGCCAGCAUGAUGAGGACUCUCAGGCCUACGACAACACAGUGGACACUUCUGAUGAAGUGUCAAAUGAGUAGAUAAAUAACCUAAAUAGUGCACUGAGCCGUAUAUUCACAAUAUUUAUUAUUUGAAAAAAAUGUGUUCUUCUGCCUCGGGUUUAAACUUGAAAUUAUAUUUUAGAAUGUUGUUAUUUUCAUUAUAUGCUUACAUGUGAUGUAGAUUGUGCAUAUGUUGUCAAAUUGUGCAAAUAUUUCAAAAAAGAGCUGCUGUGUUGCGUUGCAUGCACCAAAGAGUGACUAUUUUGCAAGAGAAACUUAAAAGGAAAAAAAUGUUUUUGAUAAUUCUUUGGUAGAAUAAAAAAAAUAAUUGUUUUAU